AUGCUUGAUUGUACUCCGGACAUAAGCAAUGAAGAGCAAAUGUCUCUAGUUAUAAAAUGUGUAGAUAUGUCCACGUCUCCGACCAAAGUUGAGGAAUACUUUCUGGGAUUUGUAAAGGUGGACGACUCGACGGGAAGAGGACAUUUUAAUAAACUUGAAGAGCUCUUACAGGACCUAGACCUUGAUAUUCGUAAUGGUAGACGGCAAGGGUACGAUAAUGGAGCUAAUAUGACAGGAAAAAAUAAAGGGGUGCAAAAGAGACUACUAAAGAAACACGUAAAAGGUCUUACCGUUAAACCAUUAUCAGAUACUCGAUGGGAAAGUCAUAUAGAAGCUAUCAAAGCAAUCCGAUUUCAAGCUCUUGAAAUACGAGAUGCCUUAUCAGAGUUGUUGAGUUUGGCUGAUUUUGAUGCGAAGACAAGGGGUACUGCUUAUUCCAUAUUGACACGGGAGAUUGAUAAUUUUGAGCUUAUUCUUGGUAUGGUUGUUUGGCAUAAACUACUUCUUGCGGUUAACUCAGUGAGCAUUAAACUUCAAACCAAAGAUAUGCAUCUUGAUGAUGUUGUUACUAAAUUAAAAGAUUUAUUUUUUUUCUUUAAGGAUUACAGAAGGAAUGGAUUUGAAGAGGUAUCGGAAGAAGCUAAAACACUUGCAACAUUUAUGAAUAUAGAUUCUAUUUUUUAUGAGGUACGAGCACGAAAAAGAAAACAACACUUUGAUGAAAUUGAGACAGAAGAAGUACAAUCACCACUGCAAGGCAAAAAAGCCUUCCAAAUUGAAUACUUCAUUUUUAUAAUGGACCAAGCUAUAUCUUCUCUAAAACGUAGGUUUAAACAGUUUCAAGCAUACAAGGAAACUUUUGGUUUUUUGUUCGAUAUAGAAAAAGUAAGGUAUCUUGAUAAUAACACCUUAAGGAAUUCUUGUGUUAAACUUGAAAAAUACCUAAGCUAUGAAAUGGAAUUAGAUAUUAAUGGGGAUGAGUUAUAUAUGGAGUUGAAGGUUUCACAAAUCUUUUUGCCUAAGGAAACUAAAAAAGCUAUCAAGUGUUGA